AUGGCAGCCUAUCCCGUGAGCUGCGUGGACGUGGACGCCACUGUGCUGGACUUCGUCGCAGACCUGUCCCUGGCCUCCCCGGCGGGCCCUCUACUCUGUGACUUUGCGCCGGGGGUCCCUUUUGGGAACCGAGCCCUUGGGCUCGGGGAGAGAAGGCCCAGAAGGCUGGUGCACUUCGAUGAAGGGGAUCCGGAGGAUGAGGAGGGCGCAGUAGACGAUGAGGACGAGGAGGAGGAAGACGAGGAGGAAGAGGGACGCGAGAGAGGUGUCUCCCUGCUGGGCCGUCCCAAGAGGAAAAGGGUGAUCACCUACGCCCAGCGCCAGGCCGCCAACAUCCGCGAGAGGAAGCGGAUGUUCAACCUCAACGAGGCCUUUGACCAGCUGCGAAGAAAGGUGCCCACUUUUGCUUAUGAGAAGAGGCUGUCCCGGAUCGAGACCCUGCGCCUGGCCAUCGUGUACAUCUCCUUCAUGACCGAGCUCUUGGAGAGCUGCAAGAAGAAAGAGGCCGGCUGA